AUGGGCUUUCAUUUCAAUACAUGCCUUGUCUCAGCUUUGGCUGCCACGGGCUAUGCCUCUUCCUUGAUCCAAGCCCGAGCAUCUAACAACACGUCAUAUACCAACUCGAACGGGUUGAAGUUUAAUAACUUCAAUACUUCGCUGCCCAAUAUCACCCUUCUAGCGACAGGCGGCACCAUUGCCGGCACAAGCGACGACAAAACCGCCACAGCAGGCUACGAAUCUGGCGCAUUGUCAAUCACCAAGCUGCUAAGCGGAAUCCCAGAGAUCAGCAAAGUCGCCAAUGUGGCCGCCGUCCAAGCGACAAACGUCAACAGUGGCGAUGUCUCCUCAACCCUCCUCCUAAAUCUAACCCACACUCUCCAAACAACCGUCUGCGAUGACCCCACCAUGUCCGGCGCCGUAAUCACACACGGCACAGACACCCUGGAAGAAUCAGCCUUCUUCAUUGACGCAACCGUAAACUGCGACAAGCCCAUCGUCUUCGUGGGCUCGAUGCGUCCUUCCACGGCCAUUUCCGCCGACGGCCCAAUGAACCUGCUGCAGGGUGUGACUGUUGCUGCCGAUGAGGACGCCACGGGGCGUGGUGCGCUCGUUGUGCUGAAUGACCGGAUCGUUUCCGCUUUCUUUGCGACGAAGACGAAUGCUAAUACUGUUGAUACGUUCAAGGCGUAUGAGCAGGGGAGUCUGGGAACUAUCGUUUCCAACACGCCGUAUUUCUAUUACCCUGCUGUGCAGCCGAAUGCGAAGCAUGCUGUUGAUGUUUCGGAUGUGGAUUCUGUUCCUAGGGUUGAUAUUCUCUAUGCUUAUGAGGAUAUGCGUGCCGAUUCGUUAUACAGUGCCGUUGAGAAUGGUGCCAAGGGCAUUGUGGUUGCUGGCGAGGGCGCUGGUGGUAUUUCCACUGACUUUGGUGAUGCUAUCAACGAUGUUGUUGCUAAGCAUGAUAUUCCGGUUGUUCUGAGUCAUCGCACGGUUAACGGGGAGGUUCCUACUGCUGAUAUCACGGGAGAGAACAGCAAGACUCAGAUUGCCAGUGGGUUGUUCAAUCCUCAGCAGUCGCGUAUCUUGGUUGGAUUGUUGUUGGCUGAGGGCAAAAAGGUCCAGGAGAUCAGGAAGGUCUUUGAAAAAGCUACCGUUGCUUGA